AUGCUUAUGCAAAAGAUACCCCAAUCCGUUCGCUCAGGGUGGUCAAAUUGUCGGCCGCUUCUUAAUCCUCGACUUCAUCAAUUCCCUCAUCAUGCCAUUCCAACACGCAGAAACGCAUACAGAUCUUUAUACAUUCCUCCCAACUACUCACGCGUACAAAUUAGCUCAAAGGAAGACACCAUGCGCCUAUACUCUCUUUUGCAAUCUUAUAUUGAAGACCCAUCCCGCGCAAAAGCCGUUACAGAGGUCGUCAUUGACACGACGCCCUGGAUCUAUGCCUCCACGUCCAAGUUACCGGAUCACGAUGAACUGCCAACCUCGAUGGGAUAUGAAGAGUUUGGCGAUCCACCGGAAAUAAGACUACGAAGAUAUGCACGUCGCCUAGACUUGGGCGAUAAAACGGCUGAUCAGGUCGACAAGAUCCUUGAUUGGAAGCGUCGCGAGUAUGAUUUCAAACUUCAGAAGGAAAGCGAGUUUUCAAUUGCCAUGGUAAUCCUUCUCUUUUCUCUUUGCGAGAAUAUCUCCACGCUAUAUCUUGCCGAAAAUCUCCAACAACCUAUUAUGGACUAUAUGGUCAAGGCAAACUAUGCACAGAUGAAGAGCCCCCCACUUCAGAAACUGAAAAAUGUCCGUUUUUUUGCUGGUGCUCGAAGCGACGAGAGGUUUUACAGCGCGCUCGAGAUUCUUGGAUUCAUCCAGUUAAUACAUCGCCUCCCAGCUCUUGAAUCAGUGGCCAUGGAUGCGAUGUCGGAUUAUCAGGCGGACCGCACGUUCUUCGUUCCAGGGACAGGAAAUAUGAAGAGGCUGGAAAUCGCCCAUUGCGAUGUUUCUCCUAGCUUCCUCACUGUUAUGAUUUCGAUUCCCAAGGCGCUUGAGGAAUUUAAGCUGUCGAUUGGUGGUCUGAUGAGUAUUGACGGCGCAGAUACUUCUAGUGAGCCGUUUUAUAUUGCAAGGGCACUAUCUGCGCAUAGACACUCAUUAAGAGUGUUGGAUAUUGAUGUUGAUGCAGGCUCCGGGGCAGACGCGUUGGACUGGGAUGUUGACAAGAAUUACGAGGAGGGAGAAGAUGAUGGGAAGAAUUGGGAGAUAAAGGACCAGCUUGAUCUAUAUGGACGCGAUCGGCUGGCUUUGGAUAAAAAGAUCAGUACUGGGCACAGGAUGGAUAGUGGCAAAGAGUACACACCGACUAUCGGGUCAUUGCAUGACUUUCCUCACCUCACGCAUCUGAGCAUAGGCAUCAUGCCACUCCUUGGGAAAUACGAUUGGUGGAAACCACCCUUUCGACACACGGAACCGCCUUACCGACUUGAGAAACCUGCGCCUUGUCGACUAGUAAACAUGUUACCGCCUUCUCUGGAGUAUCUGUGCAUCUAUGGGUAUACGCGGGGUGAAAAUCCAGAUGUUGAUGAGCAUAUUGAUGAGUUUCUGGCUGAGAAAGAUGGGAAGUUGCCAAAUUUAAAGGUUAUUAAGGGUAUUGACGAGCGUGUACGGGAUAUAAAGGAUAUCCUUUAUGAUAUGACCGUGGCGGAAGUGGAUGAGGAUGAGCUUUAUGUCCGAGGGGGGGAAUUUCAGUCGGGAUGGAAGGGGGUGGAAGAGCCGAAGCAGAACUAA